GAGGUCGGCAAGAAGGCUGGACAACGAGAUGGAAACCGCGGAAGAAGCGCAACAUGCUCGCUUCGAAGCACCAAGAAACCGUGACAGAUUUCCUCAAGGACAAGAACAUGGUGGCUCUAAAAAACUUCUCGAGGCGAUCUCUCUCGGACGUCCAAUUGGAGUCGGCAAUUACACUUCGUUGCCCUUCCCCUACGGCGAACCGUUAAAUCGACCGCAAUUGAAGCCGUCCAAUUUCGCCGAAAAAGCAGUCGCGUCGACUGCGACACAGCUGCCUAAGCCUGCCGUUAGCGCGCUGAACCCAGAAGCCGCUGUCUCAACGAGCCGCUUACGAUGUUCUAAUUCGGGAGUUGUUUCGUCUCCUUCGUCUAACGUCCGCCCUGCCACCUCGUGGUUUCAUCAGACUGGCGGGAAGAGCCUUGUUUUCAAAGAUGGACCAGCCGUCCCGAUCUUCGAGAUGUUCGAGAGCAACCCUGUUCGUAGUUGGAAACAUUUCCAAGCUAAAGGUUGCUCGACAGACGUAGGGGACAGACAAGCUGGAAGUUCCUUCCCUGUCGCGCGCCAACAAGACACCAGAAACGAGCUACAGUUGGUUCCAGUUGACGGAAGCUUACCCGAAGAUGAGCCCAGACCUACCGAGGUUUCAGAAGGUCACGUGUCCACGGUGCCUGCCCUUACUGAAAGUCCGCUUCAAGUUUCUGAGUACACCCAGAGUACAAAUAAGCUAGCGACUGCGGUUACUCCCUCAGAAGACGACAUGGUACGAUCCCACAGAGGACAGCAGCAAGACAUCGACAACACUGCUAAGAUUGUAAAAACAGAGUAUGCUCAAGUGCAUCAGACGUUGACACGCUUUACUCCCACGUCUGGAGACCAAGUUCUCUGGGAAAGAGUGUUGAGUUUCGGCCGUAGGACGGUCAUGCAAAACCACGGUCUUCACAUGACGAGGAGCACCAUCGACGACUCGAGGUGCGGUGAACUUCAGACUUAUGACGUUGGUGCGAGAAAUCAGCUCGUAAACGAGACUGACGUUCUGACUGAGGAGGCUAAAGAGCCUUCUUUCUAUGAUGUCGGGAAACAGCUAAUACCGGGAAAAGAGAUGCGUGCGCUUGCUGCUGUGCCGCAACGUCUGCCUUUGUGCGAGGAUCAAGUGAUUCUAUGCAGCGGACUUGAGUUGCACGACGUUGCCGAAGCAAGCAUCUAUCACGACAACAGCUUCGGACCUGAUUUCGACUUAAAGCCUUGUACCACUGAAGACGUGGUGGCCUUCGAUUGCGAGCUCCCGAUGGUGAAUCAGGAACGGACAGUUCAUGCCGACUACGAAGUUCUUCAAAUAGAGGAUGAAGCAAAGGAAGACCUGAUUUCCGUGGACGCUACGUUUGAGAAAGAACUGCCAGAAGCCACGGAAGCGUCUAUAUUGACUGACAUGGGCGACAGAGCGACGUCUGUACUUGAAGUGACAUCGCCUGGUUUUAUGCCUCCGCAGUGCCAGUCCUCAAGCGAUGAUCAAGUGAUACCAGACUGGGAAGAACAAAAUUCCAGCAAAGCCAUAAUCUACGAACAUGUCGCAGCCACGUCCGAUGGCAGUCCGAAGUCGGCAGGUACGGGAGAUUCAGAGGUUCCUUGCGGACAGAAAACACCACAACAAGCCAUCUGUGAUGACACACUCAGUGAAGGCGCCCGCAGUCAGCACGACAGCGUGCUACUAGGAACAGAUAUUGCUGACGGGAAAUCAACAGAAGAUGAUGUCUCUGAUGAACAUGCCUACUCCGCGAGUCAAGCCAGCGUAGGCGUUCAGCAGUCAGCCACACCACUGUGGAUGCUAGUGAAGCCCGACGAAGAGGAUUACUUCGAGAGUACGGACGAGAACUCUGAGAUCACAUUAGGUUCGUCGGACACCGAAGAUUUGGGCUCUUACACGUUGUCCUCUGGAAGCUGUACAGAUUCUUGCGACGAGUGCGAUUCUUACAACGAAACAAUGUCGUUGGGAUUUAGUUGCGUCACUGAGCUUACCUGCCCGGAAACAAACGUUCUUCAACCUCUUGAAGACUCCAAGACUGAACAGCCAGUUAACCUUAGUUUGUGUCCUGAAAUUACACCUGGAACAAUCUCAACAAAUUCGAAUACAGAGGUCGGGGUACCUUGUCAACCUUAUCAAGAUAAAGUUGGUCAUCUUUACCGAGUGGAGCAGUCAGCAAAUAAUGAACCAGGGGAUGAAGUACUCUUUGACACCGAAGAUUCAGUCACAGACCAAUCAACCGAGGAACGCGGCCUAGUCACAGUUUCUACGUCACCUGCGGCACCCACUUCACCAAGUUGCGAAAAUGCAGUUGACGUACCGCUUGACCUUCGCACAACAACCACGAGUCUCGAAAAGUUCUCAACCACCGAAGAAACCGAUUUACACGUAGAUAACCAGUCGCAGAGACAGCACAAGCUUGUGGAGUAUUCCCAGGACACCUCCGAAGAUGAGCUAGCCGACCAAUACGAAACUCUUAGUCAGACCGACUUGGACAACGACCACGCCGUCGAAACAACCGAAAAAACGCCGCUUCAAGAUGUCAGAGAUCAAGACCAUGCCAGCGACGGAACGUCCACGAAGACCUACACAAAGGUCAUGGAAGUCUUCUUUAACCAGGACAGUCGGCAGUUCUUGGUGGUACCCGCCACUUCUGACUGCGUCGUUCCAGAUACCGGCCCCCGCUAUCCGAACCAGAAACAAGCGACAGUCAAGGUUCCUGACUCAGCAGAUUUGGGGAAGUUUGAGGCACUUAACGAGGCACGACAUUCGGGCACUCACCAAGCUCACGUGGACACUUCUGACGCUUCGUUUUACAAUGAAGAGAAGGAAGACUUGGGUCCCAAGAGGAAGCUUCCGCGCCUUGGUUUGCCAAGAUUUCACCGCGGUCAAAGGCUUCACCCAAGCUGGACUGGAGGACCUUCCAACUGAUGUCAAUGUACUCCAGAAACUUCGAGGAAUUAAGAAAUAAUGUUGUUCGUUCGUCAAGUGUUAACGAACUUAGCUGCCGUGGACUUGUCCUCUCAAUCAAAUAAUUAAGCGUUUGUAUUACAUUAUUAACUUUUGAAAAAAAAAAAAGUCUAUACUUUUUGAACAUGCGCUGUCGCAUGCCACGCGCAUUCUCUUUUAGCCUCUGUCGCCACAUACGCUUAGUUAUGUAGUGGAUAAUAUUCAUUUUAACCACUCGGUAAUACAACACCUUUUUUUUAAUUUUAAAAGUCGGAUUACAGAAAAAAAAA